AUGUCUGUUGUGAAUCAGAAGGUGAAUGUCGAGCUUCUGGAGGAUGUUAAACCUCAGGGGCAGAGCGGCGAGGUCCUAGUGGACGCUGCAGGAGAUAUUCAACGACUGCCAGUUCCCAGCAAUGAUGUCAACGAUCCUCUCAAUUUCACGGUCUGGGAGAAGACUGGUGUGAUCGUCAGCUGCUGCUGGUUUUCGAUCAUGUCUCUUUCUGUGGUUGGUGGUCUGGGUGCCAUUCUGGGUGUCUUCAUAGAGAUGUACGGAGCCGAAGGCGUUAGCGCAACUCAUGUUGUCUGGUUGAGCACGUUUCCUUCAUUGUUUGUUGGUGUUGGAAACUACUUAAUCCUUCCUUUGGGUCUUAUAUAUGGCCGCAGAUUUGCUGCCAUCUUGGCAAUUGUUGUAAACUUCGCUGCAACCAUUGGCUGCGCGGUGUCUCAGAACUUUCAACAACAUUUCGCUCUACGCAUCAUACAGGGACUGGCAACAGGGGCCACCGAGUCGCUUCUUCCAUUGAUGCUCUCCGAAGUGACUUUUGUCCAUCAACGAGGUCUGAUCUUCGGCCUGUAUUGGACAACCCAGAAUGUCGUUACCAGCUGCCUCAACCUAGCCAGCUCAUAUGAAGCAGCGGCCCUUGGAUGGCGCUGGUUCUAUUGGGUAUAUGUAAUUGCGAUCGGUGUUGGUCUGAUCUUGGUUGUGUUCGGCUGCUUUGAAACCAAAUAUCAGCGUCAUACACAGUUUAUUAAUGGCCAAGUCGUCAUCACGGAUCAAUUUGGUGUGACGCAGAUUCUGACUGCGGCGGAGUCCCAAGGCUAUCUGCAAUCAGCAGAUGCGGACGAUGACACACAUAUCGCGGACGAAGCACGGCCUAAGAAGUCAUACCUUAAGAUGCUGAAGUUGUGGCAGACCCCUGCGAAAAACCCCAUUCAGACAGUAAUGAUGACUUGGUUCCAAAUGUUUGAGGCGUUUACUUCCCCGGGUAUUCUAUACGCGACACUGUUGGCAUCAGUGGUUCUGGGUUGCUCCAUAGGCAUGUCGCUAACAUAUGAUACUGUGCUCCAAAGCUACGGCUGGCCUGCCAAAAUUGUCGGCUUGAUCAAUCUGGGCGGAGUAUUUGGUGGCUUUGGAGGCAUGUUAUACGCCGGUAUCUUUGGUGAUUGGUUCAUCGUAUACAUGGCCAAGCGCUCUGGUGGUGUGCAUACUCCGGAGCACCGGUUGAUCCUGCUAAUUAUCCCUGGGAUUCUCAUGGUCGUCUCUCUUCUUCUUUAUGGCUUCACUGCGGGUGGUAGUUCUACCUGGGGUGGGCCAUUCAUGGGUUGGACUAUUCUUCAAGUUGCCUUUGUAUCGGUUCUGAUUCUUUCCACAUCUUUUGCGGCUGAGGCGUGGGAAAAGAAUCCUGGUCCCGCUCUUGUGGCUGUUGUUGGAACCAAGAAUAUCAUCGCUUUUGGGAUUAGCUAUGGGUUAAUUCCCAUGGUCUCAAAAUAUAGCUAUGCGACUGCUAUGGGUAUUCUCACUGCUGUUACAGGUAGUGUUUUCCUCCUUGGCAUUCCAGUGUACUUCUUCAAUCCUGCUGUGAGUGACGUACCUCGAGCCCAUUCGAAGGGUAGCUUUACUAAUCAAACCAGUGGCGUCGGUACAUGCAAAGACGAGGAGCUUCGAAGCCAACACUAUAAUUGA